GCCCAAAGAGAUAUUGUUUUACAGGUGUCCGCCCCUCCCGGUAGGCACACACCAGCCGGAGGACCCGGCGGGGGCUUCCGCGCGGCGAGGCGGGGAGCAGGCCGGGCGGCGGGCUCGGCACCAGCCUAUCCUUGUCGCGCAGAUAACCCCGAGGGAGCACCAUGUCGUCUCCGGCGUCCACCCCGAGUCGCCGCAGCAGCCGGCGCGGCCGAAGCACCCCAGCUCAGACGCCUCGGAGUGAAGAUGCCCGCUCGUCUCCGUUGCAGAGACGGCGGGGCGAGGACUCCACCUCUACCGGCGAGCUGCAGCCGAUGCCCACCUCGCCCGCAGCCGAGCUGCAGAGCCCAGCCCCACAAGACCGGUUAUUUUCUAGCCCUCCUCAGAUGCCUUCCUCAGCUAUUCCCCUGGACUUCGAUGUCAGUUCACCCCUGACCUAUGGCACUCCCAGCUCCCGCGUGGAGGGAACCCCGAGGAGUGGUGUCAGGGGAACACCCAUGAGGCAGAGACCUGACCUGGGCUCUGCCCGGAAGGGUCUACAGGUGGAUCUGCAGUCCGAGGGGGCAGCAGCUGAAGAUAAUGUCGUGGCGAGUGAGCAGUCCUUAGGCCAGAAGCUUGUGAUCUGGGGGACAGAUGUGAACGUGGCAACUUGCAAAGAAAAUUUUCAGAGAUUUCUACAGCGUUUCAUUGACCCCCUGGCUAAGGAAGAAGAAAAUGUUGGCAUUGACAUCACUGAACCUGUGUACAUGCAGCGACUCGCAGAGAUCAAUGUCAUUGGAGAGCCAUUUUUAAAUGUGAACUGUGAGCACAUAAAGUCCUUUGACAAAAAUUUGUACAGGCAGCUCAUCUCCUACCCACAGGAAGUUAUCCCAACUUUCGACAUGGCUGUCAACGAGAUCUUCUUUGACCGUUACCCUGACUCAAUCUUAGAGCAUCAGAUUCAAGUGAGACCGUUCAAUGCGUUGAAGACUAAGAACAUGAGAAACCUGAAUCCGGAAGACAUUGACCAGCUCAUCACCAUCAACGGCAUGGUGAUCAGGACGUCCCAGCUGAUCCCCGAGAUGCAGGAGGCCUUCUUCCAGUGCCAAGUGUGUGCUCACACGACCCGGGUGGAGAUGGACCGUGGCCGCAUUGCCGAGCCUUCCGUGUGCACACGCUGCCACACUAGCCACAGCAUGGCACUGAUCCACAACCGCUCCCUCUACUCCGACAAGCAGAUGAUCAAGCUCCAGGAGUCUCCUGAGGAUAUGCCCGCUGGACAGACGCCUCACACCGUCAUCCUCUUCGCUCACAAUGAUCUUGUGGACAAGGUCCAGCCUGGGGACCGAGUGAAUGUCACAGGAAUCUACCGGGCUGUGCCUAUUCGAGUCAACCCCCGCGUGAGCAACGUGAAGUCCGUCUACAAGACCCACAUCGAUGUCAUCCAUUACCGGAAAACAGACGCGAAGCGCCUACAUGGCCUCGACGAGGAAGCUGAACAGAAGCUUUUCUCGGAGAAACGUGUGGAAUUGCUUAAGGAGCUUUCAAGGAAACCAGAUAUCUACGAGAGACUUGCUUCAGCCCUAGCUCCGAGCAUUUAUGAGCAUGAGGAUAUAAAGAAGGGCAUCUUGCUCCAGCUCUUCGGUGGAACAAGGAAGGAUUUUAGUCACACAGGAAGGGGCAAAUUCCGGGCUGAAAUCAACAUCCUGCUGUGUGGUGACCCCGGCACCAGCAAGUCCCAGCUGUUGCAGUACGUGUACAACCUGGUACCCAGAGGCCAGUACACGUCCGGGAAGGGUUCCAGUGCCGUGGGCCUCACUGCGUACGUGAUGAAAGACCCCGAGACGAGGCAGCUGGUCCUGCAGACGGGCGCCCUCGUGCUGAGCGACAAUGGCAUCUGCUGCAUCGACGAGUUCGACAAAAUGAAUGAGAGCACCCGAUCGGUGCUGCACGAGGUCAUGGAACAGCAGACUCUGUCCAUUGCGAAGGCCGGGAUCAUCUGUCAGCUCAACGCACGCACCUCCAUCCUGGCAGCGGCAAAUCCCAUCGAGUCCCAGUGGAACCCCAAGAAAACCACCAUCGAAAACAUCCAGCUGCCUCACACGCUAUUGUCAAGGUUUGACUUGAUCUUCCUCAUGCUGGACCCCCAAGAUGAGGCCUACGACAGGCGGCUGGCUCACCACCUGGUCUCACUGUACUACCAGAGUGAAGAGCAGGUGGAGGAGGAGUUCCUGGACAUGGCCGUGCUGAAAGACUACAUCGCAUACGCCCACAGCACCAUCAUGCCACGGCUCAGCGAGGAGGCCAGCCAGGCCCUCAUCGAGGCGUACGUAGACAUGCGGAAGAUCGGCAGCAGCCGGGGAAUGGUAUCUGCAUACCCUCGUCAGCUGGAAUCGUUAAUUCGCUUGGCAGAAGCCCACGCCAAAGUACGGUUUUCCGGCAAAGUGGAAGCAAUCGAUGUGGAGGAGGCCAAGCGCCUCCACCGUGAGGCUCUGAAGCAGUCUGCCACCGACCCCCGGACGGGCAUUGUGGACAUAUCCAUUCUCACCACAGGAAUGAGUGCCACCUCUCGUAAACGGAAGGAAGAAUUAGCCGAGGCGUUGAAAAAGCUUAUUUUAUCCAAGGGCAAAACACCAGCUCUGAAAUACCAGCAACUUUUUGAAGAUAUUCGGGGACAGUCUGACAUAGCCAUCACCAAGGAUAUGUUUGAAGAAGCCCUGCGAGCCCUGGCUGAUGACGACUUCCUGACUGUCACCGGCAAAACUGUCCGCCUACUGUAAGGCUGUGGCAUGUCAUGAGCCACAUUGACACCCACAUGUGGCCUCCAGGCCAGUCUGCUGCUGCCAUCUGUCUCAGUGGACUCUGGAAGGCAUUAUUUGGCUGUAUCAAAGCUUUCUAACUUGGGUUCAGUGUUCUUAGUAAAGCAUAUGUUUUCAUGUUUCUAGUAAAGCAAAAAAAGAAA